UAAAGAGAUCCAAUAGCAAAUCAAAAUCGACUUCUCUCCUUCUCUCGCUCAACAACCAAACUCAGCGAGUCAAUGAGAAGGACACAAACGACCUCAAAUAAGGACUAUUCUUAACAUUCUCAACGCUUCAUCCCCCUUUUCAGCCUCACAUAAGUAGUGCAAGAAGUUUUUUCUUUUAUCUCUUAAACUUGUUUGUAUUAAUUUACACCACAGCGGCCAGUGCGCCUCUCCUUAGUUAAUUUUUGUUUGUUCAUUUUUAUGUUGGAUGAAUUUAAGUUGUAUUUAUUCGUUGUUGUUAUAGUUUCCAGAGAAAAGGUAUAGGCGGACUUUUUAACGGGUCCUUUCUCACAGCAGUGGGCACGUCAAUCUUUUAUUGUUUGGCAAAUCCUUUAAAUCAAUAAAAAGGAAAAGAAAAUGAAAAUUCCUUCACAAUCAAUAAAACUUUCCAACGAUAGGCAUAAUGAGAAGGAUGUUAGUGGAAACCUUUACUGUCAACUGCCACCUGAAAAAGGAUGGUUAAUCAUUUGCCAGAGCCUUCGGUACUAUGCUUUCAUCUUCAGUUUAAUAUGUCUUCUUUCUUUUUGCUAACCUGCAGCCUAAAAAUAAAAAGGCCACUUAAAGCGACAACAACAGCAACGAUAAAAAUAAAUAGCAAAUUUCCUCUUUCCCUUUCUGUCCUACUCAUUCCACACUUUUGGCCAGGAGCCUAAUGAAAAAUCACACUUACAGUCUGCGGCCUUAACUGGAAACCUUAUUGUAAAUGAAAUCAAGAAAAGGGGCACAAAAAAUAUGUCACCAUGUAAAAAGUUUAAAGCAUACAUUCACAAAAUUUCACACCUUGUUUUGUAUUUUGUUUUUGUUUUUUUUUUACUUUGAAAAGCACAAAUUGUUGAGCAGAUAUAUCUCUAAAAAUAUGUAUAAUGCUAUUUCGUAUCAUAGACAUUCAUCCAUUAAAAAAAACGAUAAUAUAAAAAAACCAUUUGAAAGGGCUAAGAACAAUGAAUAUCUUUAAAUUUUUCUAAGGAUAUUCGUUGUUAGUUAGUUUAUUUCAAUAUAACGUAACGUAGCCUAAUUUAACGUAACGUAAUGUAAUCAUAAUGUAUUGUAGAAUGUCACAACUUAUUUAUAAAACUACUAUGCACACUACUUCCUCUGUCUUCCAUUGUAGAUUUUAGUUAAAUAUAUGAUUAAAUUUAUUUAUUUAUUUAUUUAUUACUUAUUUAUUUUGUAAUUUAUUUAACACAAUGAAACCACAAACACACACUGAAACUCUCUAUCUCUGUCUUUUAAUCUUUGUUUCUCUUUAUGCACUGUCUUUCUUCAUCUAUCACUCCGUUACUAAGCAAAAAGAAAAAAAUUACUCUCUAAAUUGAAGGCGGCAGUUAGUUCACUCUUUGGCUGAAAAAAGACGAUUGAAAUGUUAUGAAACCUUUGAUAUGUUCUGAAAAUAGCUUGUAUAAUUCAUCUAGUUCAAUAACGAAAGUUGAACUUGGAAAAAUCCUGGCAACAUAAAAACCAUUGACAACUUACAAAAUUGAGGAUAUCAUAAAGGAAGAAAGUUACAAAGCUAUGCAGUGAAAUGAAUAUCAAAUAUUUAUUCCCAAAUAUUUUUGUUUUGCUGGGUUCUGAUAUUUUUUCCUACAAAUCGACGUUUACCCAAUCCUAUUGCAGUAAAUUACGCCAUGAUGUUUUUCGAAGAUAAAAAUUUACUGAAAUGACUGAAGAAUUUUGAUAUCAUGACGUAUAACACAGGAUUGGAAAUAAGAGUUUUGCUUGAGAAAAAUCUUGAGUGCAGUUUUUUGUGUAAACAACACAGUUCACUUUCUUCAAAAUUGAGCUACAGAUCUUAAAGAACUUGAUCGACAGUUUAUGUAGCGAAUUAUUUGGGUAUAUAUACUAAAUUCAGGUGGAAUAUUAACGUGCUGCCUGCCACCAUAUGAGUACCAAACAGAAAGCUGCCAUAAAUUAAACUGUAUUUGAGAGAAGUAGCUAAAAGACAAUAUUGUUUGCUUAAGGAAGUAAUUCAAUAAAUUUACUGAUUUUCGUAAAAAAGGCGACUUUUCAAUAAUCGCUAUAUUUAAUUCCCCAAAACGGGUACUGAACCGGGAGGUCGAUUGUAAUAAUAAGCUUAAGGAAUAUAAUUCACUGAAGAAAUAAAGGAAAGCUCUCUGUAUGACCUGGUGAAUAGAAUAAACAAAGUUAAAUAUAAUGAAGAAGUGAAAUUAAUGAAAUUGGUUCAGACAGUGCUCUUCAAUUGACAUAUCAGUUGAUUUAACAAAACACAAGCAAUGCAGUCACUUAUUCAAAAGUAGGCUACACCUUACAUACAUCAAUGGUAAUAUUCAUUAAACCAAUCGAUCAAUUGAACAAAAAGAAAAUCGUGUUCAUGUAAUGAAUAAACUGAUUCACUGAAUAAUGCUGUAGUUCAACUGUUGUUAUUGAGUUAUCAAAUAAAUUAACUCUUCUUUUAAUGUAAUUACAGCUUCAAUUAGAUCUUUAGCAACCAAGCUUUUUUAAACAUACAAGGUAUAUAAAAUACGGACAAUAAAACAAUCCAAUUUUUUUUUAAUGUUUCUCGUUUCUCGAAGCCUAAAUUCGUUAGCUGCAACAAAUAAAAUUAGCCCACCACUUAAAAGUAUUGGUUUAUUUCCUUUAAUAACCACGGCAAAAAGAUUUUCCAAUGUUUGGGCUGAGCAUUACAAUGAAAAUAUAUUCUCACACAACAUUAGAAAAAUCAGCCAUAAUUUCAUUCUUUCUUUUUUUAUAAUUUUUUUAUUUCCUGACAGUCCAAAUCUGCUUUCCUAUGCGCCGAGAAUACAAAAACUUCACAUACACAAAACAACUCCACUUUUCCUUUAAAAAACCGCAUAAAACACAACAAAUUGUAAUUUCUUCAUUAAUAUUACUAUACACAAUUUGUCCUUUUUCCCUUGCUAAAGAAAGUAAAACAAAAUGUGUUAUUAUUUUCUUUUCUUUUUUUGCUAACAAAAAUAAAACAGAGAUAUCCUAAACAAACAUUUGAAGAAUCAAAAGAAAAUAGAAAUUAUUUUGAAAAAUAUAAACAAUUUAUGUGUUUUAUUCAAUAAAUAAUAGAGUGCAUACGCAAUUGGUUUAAAGUCUUAAAUGUGAUUAAAGAAAAAGGCGUGGUUUAGCUUAUACACCUCAACGCCCCCUGACUUAAGAUCGAAUCAACGAAAACAAACAGUCGUAACAAAAAUUGGAUGCCAAGCAUUUUUCAAGCGUUUGUUUGUCUCCACACAUAAUUUUUCCCUCCAUCCUUAGUGUCCCCUAUCCUCGAAGAGAUAAAAACAAGAAAACAACCUUAAGGAGAAAUAAAUAAUUGCCCUACAUAUAUUUUCCAAUGCCAAAAUGUAGCUACCCGUUUGUCGCAUUCAGUGAUGCGGGUUGGAUGAGUUUUUCUUCAUUUUUUAUUUUCCUUAUGGAUUGUUAUAAAAGCAUUCUGUUUGAGGUAAUUUGUUGCUUCUCAACAAUCACCUUCCUUGUAAUUUUUUCUUUGCUUCCGCCUUUUAUUCUUCCUUCGCAUCUUCUUCUCUCUGCAUGGUUCUUUCGCCAAAGUAUUUCCCUAUGUUUUCUGAACUACGCCUAUUUUCUUCCCUAACACUCACACAUUUUUCUUCCAUCACCUCCCUGGAGAGCAUCAUUGCACACAGAUGAACACCAAGAAAAAAGCGAAUUGAAGCACAAUAUUAUUGACAUGACGAGCGACGCCUUCCAGGAGCGAAAUAAUCAGUUUGUUGAUGCCAUUUUUGCCCGUAUCAAUCGUAUCGUAUCGGAUAACUAUGAUCCAUUUGUUGUGCAACUCACUGGUCGUUCCGCCUCGGCGAGUCAUGAUGUGAAACACCACGCGGGCACAGGAGCAACAUUGACGAAAGCAUCGGCCAACCCUAACCGAACAAAAGGCCAACAAAUCACCCAUAAAACAAAAACCUCAAAACCACAGACCACCAACAUAUCAAUUAAGAAAUUAAAAAACACAAAAUCGGAACCACGUAGUGCCAGCGUAAAUAAAGACAACAUGGAAAGUUUGCCAACGGGCAGUCAACAGGGUGAAAAAACCAAAUUGCAACUACAAUUGGAGCAAUUGCAGGCACAACAGCAAACCCUGAAAGCCACUGAACAAAUUGGAAAUAAUGUCGCUGCCCAAACUGCACAAAAAAGUGAUACAACACCCAACACAGACGUUGGCGGCAGCACAGGACUGAAACCGGAAACUCGCAAUGUGCAUGUCAACGACGUUGUAAAAUCAGGAAAUCAGAAGAAAAGCUCGACAAAGGCUCACAAACAACCAAGUGGCACUAAAAAAGUUCAUAAUACUAACUCAGCCGCGACGGGAGCAACAGCAGCAUCCUCGUCAACGGGGACAAAUAACAAACACAAGCUAAAAACCAACAACAAAAAUACUAAGGAUAGCGGUGAUUUUCAAAAGGCCGAAGGCAGUCUAUCGGGAUUGGCCUCAUUGAAGCGAGUCGGAAAUGUUAAAGUGGUGACCGACCCGGAAGGUCGCAAUUCCACAAUUAAGGCUAAAUUCACUUUGGGACCAUUAAUGCUGCGCGUCGAAAAGUCAUUCAAACGUGGCGGCGUGGAAAACGUUAAAAGUGCAACAGCUCGCACCAAUGAAAUGAUCGGCCGCAUAAAAUUUGGCGUAGUAAAUGAUCGUGCUACUCUAAUGUCAAUAAAAGUACAGCAGCCUAAACAGGUCGAAGUGGAGAGCAAGGAUAACCAUGACCGCACAAGGGAGUUCGUUUGGCGUCGCACACCCAAAAUUGCCAAAUUGGUCAACGAGAAACUUAAAAUGGCUGCAGAAUCUUUUUUUGCCCCACAAGGAGUGGAAGUUGUGAGAUUGUAAGGCGUUUGCUGUAACUGGGCAUUGAUCAAAGGAGACCCAUACCGACAUACUGCCACACACAGAUAAAUUCAAAUAAUCAACACAAAAAUCUCCUUAUUCUGGAUAGUAUAUUCCCCACUUAAUUGAAUACCAUAUUGACGUUACAAAUGUAUCGAUUUAACAACUUUCUACUUCACAAUCCAGAUUGAAGGAAUAAAAAAAAACAAAAGCAGCAAGCAGCCUCCUUGAGAUGUUGUCGAAUGUCGACAUGAAUUUGUAGUUUAAUUUUAAUAAAUUGCAUAUAUUUACUAAUAUUAUCAUUUAAAUUUAGCCGAUCUAAGUAAUUUAUUAAACAAAUACUACAUUGUGUAAUGUAAAAACUAUUUAUUAUUUAUUACAACAUGCAUUAU